AUGGCGCCAAAUGGAGACGCAGCGGUCGUCGCGGCCGCACAGGCAGCGGCGCCGGCGCCGGCGGCACCGAAGAAGCAGGCGGCGCGGCGGCAGUCGUCGAAGCCGAGGAGGAUCUCGAUGGAGGGGCUGCAGCGCGCCAUGUCCGACCUGGCCCUGGAGCUGUCCAGGGACAGCAAGAAGAAGGCCGCGGCCGCGGCCGCCGACGCCGCUGCCAAGCAGCAGCAGCAGGUGCCAGAGCUGCCGGCGAUCGCGGAGCAGCAGCAGCAGGCGGAGGAGCUGGCGCGGUGCGAGUGCUGCGGCAUGCAGGAGGAGUGCACGGCGCAGUACGUGCGCCGUGUCCGGGACCGCUACUGCGGGCGCUGGGUGUGCGGGCUGUGCGCGGCGGCGGUCAACGCCGAGGCCGAGAGGGCCGCCGCCGCCGGCGGCACACGCACGGUGGAGGACGCGCUGGCGGCGCACAUGGCCGUGUGCGGGCGGUUCAACCGCGUGGGGCGCGCCAACCCCGUGCUCAUGCAGACGGAGGCCAUGCGGGAGAUCCUCCGGAAGCGGUGCAGGUCCAACAGCCCCCGGGACCACGGCGGCCCCGCCGGCGCGCUCGCCAGGAGCUCCAGCUGCAUCCCCGCCAUCACCAAGGACUUCAAUUGA